GACUAUGGCAACCGCUUGCCCAACAAUCGUUCCAGAAAGAAACAGUGUAAAUUUCUCGCUAAAUUAGAUUUCUAACGGCAAUAUGGUAUGAAUUGCUCGGUGGCAGGAUGUUUUCUCUGCUUAGUCGAGGAUAUGGCACAUAUGAUGGUAAAGCUAAAAAAGACACUCAAGAAACCCGGGAACACAAGGAAUACUUCUCCCUGGAGGAUCUUCAUUUACCACCAAUCAGAUCUAACUACCAGGCCCUGGCACAAAAAGAUACUGGUGAAUAUGACUCAGGACCAAGAUAUGAAAACAAGCCUUUUAAACUGCCAAAAGUAGAAGACACGAAGCAUAGUAUAAGAAAUGUUCCAAAAACAUACACCACUAGAAAAGGGGCAUUGCUUCUCUAUGCUGAGGAUUUCUUUCUACCAGGAUCUCCAAAACCAAGAAAGCGCAGACGGAAGUAUAAAAAGCAACAAACCAUGAAGCUUAAAACAAUUGGUGAUUUAAGAAAUUACAUAUUGGACUACAGGAAUGGGGGUGAUCCCCUUUUUCUUGCACUUCUUGAGAAGCGGAUGAGUGGCCACAAAGACCAGUCAGUAAGACCAGGCUUUUCACCAAAACGUUACAUUGCUACUCUUGGAAAUUCACUGGAAGAGGACACUUGGAAUCGUUUAGCAGCUACAGGAUCAUUUAAGGACCCAUCCUUGUUGACCUAUAUCCCACAAAGGACUCCCGAACAUGGUGAAGCUGUUUGUAGUCUUUUUUCAGGGAAACCACAGCCAUAUAGUACAAUGUCACUACCUCCUAUUUCUCCUUCAAGUUCAAUGCUUGAAAGCUCUUUUCAUUUUUAUAAGAAUGGAAUGUCAACCGGUGCUGCAUCAAUGAUCUCUUUAAACAGUGAAACUGAAGAAUAUGCACCAUCUUCAAGGGCUUUGAGUCCAGCAGAAUCACUGAAUGAUCGUCUGUCAGAGGUUGAGUUUCUACCCCAAAGAAAAGACCCAUAUAGUCAGUUAAAUUCCACUCAAAAAGAGAAUCUUUUAUCACAACUUUUGCUACAAAGAACUUUAGAGUCAAUGAAUUCUGAUUUGUCAGACCUCCAAGGAUGGGUAACCAAUUAUCCCGAAUCUGGAGGAGGAAUGGAAAAGGAUCCUGUCUCUGUGGUAACAAUAUCAAAAAGUAAAGCAAAACACAGAGGAAGCCUGAAAUCAGGCUCUUUGUCCUCAAUACCACGUUUGCCACCCAUACAGUCUGCAGGUGCUCGGCCUUCAACACCUGUUGAAUUGAAAGAAGAGUCACCGUUGCUGCAGAUAUCAAUGGAACAAACUAUUCACCAACAACCAGAUAUCACCACUGAAAAAGAUGAAACUGAUAACAUUCUUGAUCCUAGUUCUGUCCAUCUACAUUUAAGUUCAAUCUUGGUGGAUGAAAAUAUUCCUUUUGUUGAUCAGGGAGAUCUUCAGGGAAGAUCGCAAGGUGAUGGAGAUACAGUUAGUUAUUCUAAAGAAACUACAGCUGAUAUUGAGGAUGACAUGAAACAAGAAGAUCAAAGUGAGAAUGCCAGCCAAUCAGUGAUCAUGGGGAAAAGCAGUGAAGAAUCAGAUCGUCCUGGGAUUCAAAGAAGACCAAACAAAUGGAAAGAGAAUUCUGGCUGUGAAAAUUCAGUGGAAGAUCAAGUGAUGAUAAAAAGUGAUGACAUGAUUGCACUUGAUGACAUUGUGCUGAGUGAGGACACUACCUAUGAUGAUAAAAGGCAAAGUACUCAAGGAGAGGAGAUCAAACAUAAGCAGACAUUAGAAAAUGUGGACCAAAUGGAAGAACGUUCUGAAGAUGACAGUCAGCCACAGGUGCAGAAGAUAGAUAUGGCAGAAUUAGAUCAUACACAUACAAAAGCUGAUGAUGAGGAUGAAGGAAUUGGAAUUGAUGAAGGAAUGGUUGAUAUGAGUGAAAAAAUGGGAGUUGCUGAUGACAAUUUGGCAAUUACUGAGGAAGGCAUCCAGACCAGUCAGGAGAACACCUCAUUGCCACCAGCUGAACCUCCUCCCCCAAUAAGCUUGGAGGAACUUCAGGGGGAGGCUCGAACUGUGGCCAGUAAAGUUCUUAGUCGUCCACAAUCAGGAAUGGUGUUCAUGGAGGACAUAAAAGCUGCCAUUGCAAUGUGGGCUGAUCGCCUAACAAACCUUUUAGGACCCCCUCGACAAGCGGAACGUGUCAGCUCUGCUAACCAUCAAAGACAACAUUCAACACACCUGGCAGCAAAGGAAGGGUUACUUCGCCAUGCAAGGCAUCGCAAGAUGAGCAGGUCGGCAGGUCCAUCACCUGCAGCUCUACGGGAAGCGCUCAGGAUUUCUGGAGGUGAAGUGAUGGAAAUAGAGGUCCUAAAAAACUUGCCACCACUCCCCAAACGAUUGAGCAAGACCAGCCAGUCGCAGCCUCCUGGCCUAGAUACCAGUGUCCAUAAAUUCUACGAGAAACAUGGCUCCGCAUCAACCAAACGAUCUGGUUCGUCUAAUGCAGCUCAAUCGAUACCCUGGGAACGGGUUUCAAAUGCUGACGUGCAAGUUGACGUUUUUAGUUAUGCAACUAAAGACGAAGAGCCUAGCUUUCAUAGAGUUCAGUUUGAUGAGAUCGAUGACGAAGAAUCAGAUGACGAGGAUGAAGAAUUCAAAACAGCUUUGGAUGCUGUUGUAACAGAGGUGAAACAGGACUACACUUUGAUCGAAGCAAGGUCAAGAGUGGAAACUUCGUCCCCAAAGAAAGAGCAGAAGCCAUUUCAGUUUCCCCGUCCGGCAGAAUCUAAGCCGCCAGCUGGUCUCCAAAACAAACAAACACAAGGACAAGUCAAAGGGAAAGCCAAGUCAGUGCCCGCUAAGAAAAAACCUGUUGUGAAAAAAAGGGCAGGCAAGAAAUCAACAAAAGAACCAUCCAAAGCCUCAAAUAAAACUUCGAAAACAGGGAAAGGGAAAGGAGAGACACAGAAAAAAAAUCAUCAGGAAAAACAAGAAAAUCUUUCUGACGUAAAAGCGGCGGAAGGAGAGAAGACUGACCCUUUAAGAGUUGACUCGGAAACAGGUGAACAUGAACCGGCAACAUCACAAAGGACUGUUGUCUCGUCGGCUCUUUCUGGAGUUACCUCAUCUAGAGUUUCCUCUAAAGCUUCUGAUGGGUUAAGCGAAAAGAAAACUGCAGAUUCGCCGUCAGAAAGACACGAUACACCAGUUGUUGAGGUUCCUUUUCUGGCACCUAAACCUACUGAGCCUCAAAUUAUUCAGCCAGAACCGGAACCAGAAGUAGAGAGAACGCCUGAACCUGAGGAGCAAAAACCCUCUCAGGAGUCUAGAGCAGCUAGAAGGGCAGCGGAACGAGCGGCUGCCGCAGAAAGAAGACGCCAAGAGGUCGAACGUAAGAGAAGGGAGAGGGAAGAGGCCAAGAAAAGAGCAGCUGAGGAGGAGACUCGAUUACAGCAACUUAGGCUAGAGGCUGAAGAAGAAAUGAAGAAAAGGGAAGAAGAACUUAGGCGAAAACGAGAGGAAAAAGAAGAAGAAAAACGGCGGAAACAGGAAGAGGAGAUGGAGCAAGAGCGGCUAGCGAGCAUUAAAAUUGAAAGAGAACGUCGCGCGAAGGAAGACUGGAAAAAACGACAACAACAGGUACUAGCACAGAGAAAACUCGAAGAGGAAUUGCGUAAAGAACAAGAGAAAAUAGAGGCCGAACUUGAGGCUGCGCGGCUAAGGGAAGAAGAAGAGAGAAUUAAAGCUAUGGAGGAGUCAGAUAGGAUAGCAUUCCUGGAGAAAAUGCGUCAAGAAGAGGAGGAACUGAGAAGGCGACUGGAAGAGCAGAGAAGGAAGGAGGAGCGCGAAAGGAAGCUUCGAGAGGAAGAGAGAAAACAACGAGAAGACGCUCUGGCUUUACUACGGCAGAAGCAGCUACAAAGACAUUUGUUUAUCGCAGGAAUCCUCAAAGAAAGUCAUUACCUUUCAUUGUCCCAACGAUUAACCAAGGCCUUUACGUUUUCAUACUUUGAUCUUAUUCCAUGGAAUCAUUUGCAGCAUUUAAAACCUCCGCCUUCUCCAGUCCGAGACCUUCUUCACUCGGUUAGAGAAAAUAUCCCUCCAACCAUACUGGAAGAAGACGAAGUGACAGAAGAUUAGCAUAUGGAAAAUUAUCACUUCUCAGAAAUAGUCUUAAAAACAAAGAAAUUGGUUCAUAUGAAGAUAUUAAAAUUGAAUUUUGAA